UAUAGUUUAUACUGUGGUAUGAGUAUGAGCAAGUAUCAAUGAAUGACAAAUUAGUUUAAUCUAUGGAAAUUAGUCUUCAUCAGUCUUCACGAUGGAUUUAGCUAAAAUGUCACAUCCAAAUAAAUUAUGUUUGUGUAAAUGGUACUUUAAAGCGGGAUUUGCACUCUUACCGUUUCUAUGGGCCAUAAACAGUAUAUGGUUUUUUAAAGAAGCUUUUUAUAAACCUCCUUUUGAAGAACAAAAAGAUAUAAAAAAAUUUGUUGUACUGUCUGCUGUUGGAACUUUAGUAUGGAUUAUAAUAGUUAUUGGCUGGGUUCUCACUUUUCAACUUAAUAGAGCGAAAUGGGGUGAAUUUGCUGACGAUAUAUCGUUUAUAAUUCCAUUGGGCAGACCCUAAACAUCACCAAUAUGCAAUAAAAACUAUAUCAAAUAAGUGAAGAUAAUAAUAUGUAUAAUAAUCGUC